GAGCAAUGUGAGUGCAACGAAAGGCACUACGUUGUUCAACUUACUCCAGGAACUGGUCCGUGGUGCAUUGCUAUUUGAUAACUUGGGCUGUUCGCGUUUAUUUUCCACUGGCCCCUCUGCGGAGGUGGUUCAGCGGCCAUGACUGUGCUGGACACUCGUGGCCUAUAUCCGGAAGUCGCUCCGAAUGCCCGAACGAAGGUCGACAACAAUCCAACGCUUUUGGUGAGCUGGUGGGCUACCGGUUUUUCCUUGGCUAUCAUCGUGGUUCGAGUCUGUGGUCGUUAUAUUCGCAUCGAGCGUUUCUUCCGGGAGGAUAAGGUGAUGAUGCUUGCCAUCAUUCCCCUAUUAAUUCGCAUGGCAUUGGUACAUGUUGUCCUAAUAUGGGGGACCAACAAUACGCAGACAUCGGGAUUGACGGCGGAGGAUAUCCAGCAUCGAGUGGUUGGAAGCAAGUUGGUUCUGGUUUCGCGGAUCUGUUAUGCUAUCUUCAUUUGGACUGCCAAAUUCACCGUCUGCGAAUUUCUCAAACGGGUCUCGGAGAUGAUAUGGCGCCGUUCUCUGCGUAUAUUCCUGCAGUUCAUCUACUAUUUCCUGGGUUCCACUCUGAUCGCUGUGGUACUCGCAACCCUAACCGAAUGCCAGCCUUUCAGUCACUACUGGCAGGUGAUUCCGGACCCAGGUCCUCAAUGUCGCUCCGGCUAUGCGAAUCUGAUCACGAUGGGGGUAUGCGACGUGAUCACCGAUCUUCUCCUUGUCGCAUUCCCUAUUCCCCUGAUCGUGAUGACGCAUAUGCCUGCGAAGCGCAAAGGCUCACUUGUUAUCCUCUUCGCCUUAUCCUUAAUCUUAGUAGGCAUCACCUGCUACCGUGUACCAUCUGUGAUCAGCCAUCAAGGGUCUCAGCAGUACCGAUCUCUUCUGGCCUCUCUAGAGAUCCUUGCUGCCACGGCGGUCUCCAACGCCAUAGUCAUUGGAUCCUUUGUGCGAGACAAAGGCGUGAAGAAAGCCAAGUUCAAAAAGGCUCUCGGAUCAGCGUCCGUCAGCGAGAGCAUGGAUCACAGCUCCGUCCGUCGUACAACCAUCACACACCACCAAUGGGGCAGCGACUCCGAUCUGGCAGGUGACCUGGGUAUCCGUCUAGAACCUGACCUAUGCUCUUCCGACCGCAAACUGCCUCGGCCAGCCCCUAUGGUCGCUCCCUGCGCGCCUUUUACAGCCCGUACGGGUACUAUCAAUCCAAAUUGGUCUUUCAACCGUCCUUCCUCUACCACCGACGACGACCGAUCCUCGACCACGGGCAGCCUUGAGAUCAAAGUAAGUCCACAUGAAUACAUCUCAACCAAUAAGACGCCACGCAAAGCGCCAGGCGAUUCCAUCCCGAGCUCACCCGGCCGGAUAUCCAUGUUCGACGUUGGCGGUCUCCUGGAUCCCUCGCCCAGGAGUACCCCCCCUCCAACAUCACAUACGCAACGCUCAACGCCGAAUUCCGGCCAACCAACUCGUACGCGCAAUGGAGGCGCGGCGUUCCUGCAAGACGUCGGCGGUCUACUCUCCACCUCCACCUCGGGGACUAAUUCAACCCCUCCACCGAACUUCUCUCGACCAGGUGGUCUUCGUAGUAAUUCCUAUGGUCGCCGACGAGGGUCUAGCGUGCACUUUAGUGAUACAACAGAGUCAUCAGUUCCGCCAUAUCGGUCCCAAUCCGAUAUAACUGCCCCUAUCCCUGAAGGGAAUGAUGACGUCGAGCUUCAGGAUGUUGGAGGGUUGUUAUCGAGACGUUCAUGAGCAUACGACUAUAUAUAUUAUACGUACCUGGAUGUAUAAAUAAUUCUUUCCUUCUUUUUUAUGAUUUGAUUGUCAUGCGUACUGGGCUGGAGUUGGU